AUGGAUUUGCAUUGUCAUGAGUUUCGCCGAACGGUGUAUGAAGUUAUCGACGACUACGCGCAGCAAUUCAAUAGAAUCAUAGAAACCGCCGAGCAACGUGGAAUCGCUAACCAAAUUCAAGGUUUUACCAUCGGUUAUAAUCUGACUGUGUUGAUUUUGGAAUCGCUUGUGAAUGACUGUUUCAAUGGGCUUUGCAACCACGUUCUAGCUGCGAUAUACGCCCUUCAACUUGAUCGCAUUGUCUUCGAUGCCGCCCUCGUCGUUGAAAACCACGUUUUGAAUGUUGCCCCUGCUGCAUGA